AUGGCUCGAUUGGGACUGUUCGGUAGCGAUAGCAACCAAAACAAUCAGAGCAAUGCCGAAUUCAACGAGAAGCCCCUACCUAUUCGGCUGAAUGAGCGUAGCUCAGACCCAGCUCAACCUCACACCGUCUCCAUGGAGCCCGUAGUGAGGAUACACGCCCUCCCUUCCCUCGACGGCGUGAUCGUGAAGGUCGAGCCCCCGCGGGAGCCGGCAAACAACCAGCUGGAACACGUCCCUUGCGACAUUGUGUUGGUUAUCGACAUCUCUGGGAGCAUGGCCGCCGAAGCCCCGGUCCCCACCCAGCCCGGCGAAACCCCAGAGCGGAACGGCUUGUCGGUUCUGGACCUGACGAGACACGCCGCCAGAACGAUUAUGGAAACUCUGAAUGAGAACGACAGGCUCGGCAUCGUCACGUUUGCCCACACCUCGCAGUGCGUGCAGAAGCUCACGCCCAUGACGGCGAGCAACAAGGACAAGACGUCAAAGAAGCUCGACCACCUCAAGCCCCAGGGCAUCACAAAUCUCUGGGGCGGCAUCAUCGAAGGCCUCAAGCUGUUUGACCGGGCCGCCGGGUCGUCAGAGGGAAAGGUGCCGGCGUUGAUGGUCUUGACCGACGGCGUGCCGAAUCACAUGUGCCCUCCGCACGGAUACGUCCACAAGCUACGCCAGAUGCAGCUGAAGCCGACGAUACACACAUUCGGGUUUGGCUACACACUGAGGUCGGGCUUGCUCAAAUCCAUCGCCGAAGUUGGCGGUGGGAACUACUCGUUCAUUCCCGACGCCGGCAUGAUUGGCACCGUCUUCGUGCACGCCGUGGCCAACCUGCAAUCGACAUUCGCCAACAACGCCGUGCUGCGACUGACAUACCCAAAAUACCUGAAGCUGCAGGAAACCACCGGCGAGUCCGUCGACAAGCAGGAGCCGGUUCAGCCCGACGACCCGUUCGAGCAAGACCAGCCCGACGCGACAAUGCAGCUCUCCAUCGCGCUCAACAACCUGCAGUACGGCCAGUCGCGCGACAUGUACCUGCGCUACGACAGCGCCGUGCAAGACGCCGUCGAGUACAGCUUCGACAUCGACGUGUCGCCCGUCGUCACCGCCACGCUCGAGUACCAGCACUUUACCGACGCCGUCCGCAGGACGCCCGCCGUGAGCCAGGACGUGCUGGCACCCACCACGACCCUACCCCCCGCCGAGAUCGCCUACCACGUUUCGCGAUCCGCCAUCGUGUCCUUCCUCGCGACGCUCGCCCCGCUGCGCGCCGACGGCGAGCACCAGCCGGUCGCCGUGCUCGACGAGAGCAUGGCCGGCUUCACGGCGCCCCUCCAGCAGCUCAUUGCUACCCUCCCGGCGAGCAGGCCCGAGUUCGCGUCUGACGCGGCGUGCCGGUCGCUGCUCGACGACCUGUGCGGCGCGGACCCGCGCGGGCAGGUCAGCCUCGCGCUGAGCCGCGCCGACUUCUACUACCGCUGGGGCAAGCACUACCUGCAGAGCCUAGCCGGGGCGCACGCGCGGCAGGUGUGCAACAGCUUUAAGGACGUCGGGCCGCUGAUGUACGGCGCGCGCAGCCCGCUGUUCGUCGCGUGCCGCGACCGCCUCGACGCCGCCUUCGACUCCUUGCCCGCGCCCCGCCCCAGCAAUUUGCCGGCGGCCGACUCGUACGGCUGCGGCGUCGCCAAGAAUCACGCAUCCUUUGCCAUCAGCAUGCAGAACUACAACCGCUUCGACAACCCGUGCUUCGCCAGCAGCUGCAAGGUCCUGCUCGCCCCGCCGGCCUCGGCUCGCGGCAAUACCGGCGCGCAGAGGAGUUUAGGGAUAGAGGGAGGAGCGGCAGGCCCCGAGCCGCUGCUCAACGUCGGGCGGCUGGGCGCGGGAAAGAGGGUUCCGGUGUCACAGCUGCGCAGGGGCAUGCGGGUGCAGACCCCGCGAGGCGCGCGGCGCGUCAGGGCGGUGCUGCGGACGCCUGUGGCCGGCGCGGCUAUGUGCGUGGUGGGCAGCGGCGACAAUGGCGGGGAGCAGCUGCUGGUGACGCUGUGGCACCCCGUGUACUACGCCGGCGGCUGGCGAUUCCCGCGGGACGUGCAGACGACGGGGGCGGCGGCGCGGCCCGUCCGCUUUACGGGCUCCGUGUACUCGGUGCUGCUGGAGCGCGAUAGCGACCCGGACGCCCACGCCAUCCUCGUCGGCGGCGUCUGGGCCGUCACGCUCGGCCACGGCAUUGCGACCGCGGCCGCGGCCGGAGACGACGACGUCCGCGCCCACGCGUUCCUGGGCAGCUACAGCAGGGUCGAGAAGGGCCUGGCCGGGCUGCACCGGAGCAGCGGCGGGCGCGUGCUUGGUGGUGGUGUAAAGCGCAACCCGCAGACGGGACUGGUCGACGGGUUUAAGCGCGCCUCGGACGCGCAGAUGGCGAGCGCUGUGGCGGUGGGUCAGAAGGAUUCGGCGUAUGCUUUGUCAGUGGUGCAAGUACAGUACAACCGGAAAAGCCGGCGCAGUCGGCAAAUGGUGGAGGUGGUGGCGCCAGCAGAACCGGGGCUACCAACGUCACAAGCAAAACUGGCAAAGUCACACAAGUCGGCAGAGUCACACAAGUCGGCAGAGUCGGAAAACCCAGCAAAGCCGGCGGAGCUGGUAAAAUCAGGAGGUGAUGGUGGUGCCACGGCGAUCAAGCACAAUCAGCAAAUCCCCCACAACCAUUUCCGCAAGGAUUGGCAGAGACGUGUGCGGUGCCACUUCGACCAGCCCGGCAAGAAGGUCACCCGCCGUAUCGCUCGUCGUGCGAAGGCCGCCGCUGUCGCUCCCCGUCCCGUGGAUAGCCUCCGCCCGAUUGUGCGAUGCCCUACCGUCAAGUAUAACCGCCGCACACGCCUCGGCCGCGGUUUCUCGAUCGCCGAGCUCAAGGCUGCCGGCAUCCCCAAGCUUUAUGCCCCUACCAUCGGCAUCAAGGUCGACCACCGCCGCGCAAAUCUGUCGGAGGAGGGCCUCGCCGCCAAUGUCGAGCGCCUCAAGGCCUACAAGGCCCGCUUGAUUGUCUUCCCCCGCAAGACCAACAAGCCCAAGAAGGCCGAUACCCCCAAGGACCAGCAGACCGGCGAGACGACACAGAGCAUCCGCAGCGCCUUUGGCGUUGUCGACGCCAUUACCGCCAGCUUCUCCGAGAUCAAGAAGAGCGACCUGCCCAAGAACGUCGAGGGUGGUGCGUACAAGGCCCUCCGGAAGGCGAGGUCGGACGCCCGCUAUGUCGGUGUCCGGGAGAAGCGCGCGAAGGAGAAGGCGGAGGCCGAGAAAGACAAGAAAUAA